GAAGAAUGAGACGCUGUUGCCGUAGUAACUGUUGUUAGCACGUACAGCUAAAUUUGGAGCGAGCUGUAUUGAAGCUGUUGUGAACAGCUUUUUAAUAUUUUGUGUCUUGGGAACAGCCGAUCCCGAAUUUCAUUCCUGCUCCGAUUUGGGUCGGUAGGUACUAGAAGAUGUCAGGAGAUCUUGUUGCUGUGUGGGAAGUGGCUUUGAGUGAUGGUGUGCACAGGAUUGAAUUUGAACAUGGCACGACCACAGGAAAACGGGUUAUUAACAUCGAUGGAAAGGAAGUUAUAAGGAGAGAUUGGAUGUUCAAACUGGUUGGAAAGGAGACGUUUUACGUGGGCGGAACCAACACAAAAGCCACUAUUAACAUAGAUGCAGUGAGUGGAUUUGCAUAUGAGUACACUCUUGAGAUUAAUGGAAAGAGCCUGAAGAAAUAUAUGGAGAAUCGCUCCAAGGUCACCAACACAUGGCUUCUUAACCUGGAUGGCAUCGACUGCAGAGUUGUUCUGGAGAAGGAUACCAUGGAUAUAUGGUGCAAUGGACAGAAAAUGGAAACAGCUGGAGAGUUUGUUGAAGAUGGCACAGAGACACACUUCACCGUGGGCGACCACGACUGCUGCAUUAAAGCCGUGAGCAGCGGUAAGAGACGAGACGGCAUCAUUCGCACACUGCUGGUGGAUGGCAUGGAGGUUGCAGAGUCUGCUGAAUAAUCUGUGUGUUGCCUGUACAUCUCCAUGUGAAGAGUGUGUUUAUUUGUUUGGUUGUUGAAGCAUGUCCAUAAUCUGUGCUGAUUUGUGAACUCAGAUCAGCAUAUCCUAGUUCAGUAUUGGACUGUUUUGAAGCAGUGACAAAUGUGUCUUACAAACACACAGUUUAGUUAUUUGCUAUAUACCUCACAAAGCAACAAUAUUUUAAAGUUUAAUCAUUGUAAUUUAAACAAGGAACAAACAUAUUUAUUUUAAUGUGGUUGUUGUUAAUUCGCAAAAUGCAAUAAACAUAGCAAAAGUGAAACAGAGAUGUUAUGAUGUCAGAACCUCUACUAAACAGUUUGGUAUGUGAUCAUGUGAUAUACUGAGGUACUAAGAUUGUUGGUGUGAAGUAGUUGAUUAUUUUUGCGGUAGCACAAUCAUGUUUUCAAAAGUAUUUAAAUGGUCUAAAUUAGAGGUUCAUGUGAAGACGUUAAGGUAUUCUUUCUGAUAGCUUUAAAUAAGGUCAGAGUACAGCAAUAACUUUCUUAGGAAAUGUACUUUAAUGUGACUCCGAAAAACUUUGGUGUCUAGGCCUUGUGACACUGGAUUACUUGUCGUUCCAUCAAGUUAUAUGCGUCUGGUAAAUUCAAGAUGUGAUGAUGUGGUAGUCUGUUAUUUUUUUUAAAUAAUGUCAGGUGAAGUCCAGCUAUGAUUUUUCAUGAUGUGCUUUGUAGCACAAUGUUCAGGAUAUUACAAUUGAAAAUAGUCUAAAUAUGAAUUAAACUGUAUAUUCCUAAGCACUGUGAGUGCAUAAUGAAUGUGUAAUAUUAAUUUAAAAGUUGUAUUUCUUAGAAUUAAAUUUAGAUUUUUAUUUACUUUUGUACUAAAGUGUUUGUUUACUGUGUGAGUUUAGUUGACUUCCUAAGAAAGGUGGCAUCAGUAUUUAAACAGAUAUAUUUGCUGUUGUAAUAAUUUUAUUUGACCCUGAUGCAUUUUAUCUUUUUAUAUGUAAAUAUAAACUGUUACAUUAAACACAUUACAAAUAUGUGCUGU